AUGGUGGGGAUGAAGAUGGAGGAGGGCUGGCUGCUGAUGUUGCUGCUGGCGCUGCUCGCCAUUGCAGGAGGUGCUGUCAUUGCAGGAAGCCUGGGGGCCGACACAGAGGAGCGCUUGGUGGAGCAUCUCCUGAAUCCCGCCCACUACAACAAACUAAUCCGUCCUGCUACCAACGGCUCUGAGCUGGUGACUGUGCAGCUGAUGGUGUCGCUGGCCCAACUCAUCAGUGUGCAUGAACGAGAGCAGGUGAUGACCACCAAUGUCUGGCUGACACAGGAGUGGCAGGACUAUCGCCUGACUUGGGUCCCCGAGGAGUUUGACGGCAUGAUGAAGGUCAGGUUGCCCUCCAAACACAUCUGGCUGCCUGAUGUGGUGCUCUAUAACAAUGCCGAUGGCGUGUAUGAGGUGUCUUUCUACUCCAACGCGGUGGUUUCUUACGACGGGAGCAUUUUCUGGUUACCGCCAGCUAUCUACAAGUCAGCCUGCAAGAUCGAAGUCAAACAUUUUCCCUUUGAUCAGCAGAACUGCACGCUGCGCUUCCGUUCAUGGACCUAUGACCGCACCGAGAUCGACCUGGUGCUUAGGGCCGACGUCGCCAGCAUGGAUGACUUCACGCCAAGCGGCGAGUGGGACAUCAUUGCACUGCCAGGUCGGCGGAACGAGAAUCCAGCGGACCCGGCCUACGUGGAUAUCACAUAUGACUUCAUAAUCCGCCGCAAGCCUCUUUUCUACACCAUCAACCUCAUCAUCCCGUGCGUGCUCAUCACUUCACUGGCCAUCCUGGUUUUCUACUUGCCGUCUGAUUGCGGCGAGAAGAUGACGCUCUGCAUCUCCGUGCUCUUGGCACUCACUGUCUUCCUGCUGCUGAUCUCUAAGAUCGUGCCGCCUACGUCCUUGGAUGUCCCCCUCGUGGGCAAGUACCUGAUGUUCACCAUGGUUCUCGUCACUUUUUCCAUCGUCACCAGCGUGUGCGUGCUGAAUGUGCAUCACCGCUCGCCCACCACGCACACCAUGCCCCCGUGGGUCAAGGUGGUCUUCCUCAACAAGCUGCCCGCCUUGCUGUUCAUGCGCCAGCCCAGGAAUAGCUGCGAGAGGCAGCGGCUACGUCAGAGACGGAGAGCCCAGGAGCAGAAAGAGGGUGGGCGCAGCGGGGAGGCGGGGGCCCUGAUGGUGGGGCUCGGCUUGGGUAGCGGCGGUGGUGCAGAGACAGUAGGGGGUACUUCAACAGGAGUAUUCGCCAAGGAGGACGGCGACCCUUGUACCUGCUAUGUGAACCGAGCGUCUGUCAAACAGUUUGGAGGUGAUCUGGGAAGCACGGGAGGAGGCUCCAUGGACAGUCUAAAUAGGGCGAGAGAAAACCGGGAGGGGGGCUCAGGGAACCGAGCAAAGCAGGCAGCAGGGGGUCAGGCUCUGACUCAGGCCAUCCUGGCUCAAGCCUGUCCAGGCUUUGAAGAUGCUGUGGAAGGAGUGCGCUUCAUCGCCAACCACAUGAAGAGUGAGGACGAUGACCAGAGUGUGAGCGAGGACUGGAAGUAUGUCGCCAUGGUGAUCGACCGCCUCUUCCUGUGGAUCUUCGUGUUCGUGUGCGUGUUCGGCACCAUGGGUAUGUUUCUGCAACCACUCUUCCAGAAUUACACAGCCAAGACUAUCCACAUGCCGGGCUGACCAGCCGCACGUCGCCAUCGCGCUGACAGGACAGCGCCUCGCCGCCCCCCAG